AUGCGAUUCACGGAUACGCGCGUGGACGAGCAGCAGCGGAUGAUCAGCAUCAAGGCGGUUCCGAUGUCGCUCGUGCUGGAGGAUUCGGCGGGGAAGUCGUAUCUGUGCAAUGUGGUGGACACGCCCGGGCAUGUGAACUUCUCAGAUGAGAUGACUGCCGGCAUGCGCCUGGCGGACGGCGUGGUGCUGGUCGUUGACGCCGUGGAAGGAGUCAUGGUGAACACGGAGCGAGCACUGAAGCAUGCAUUGCAGCAGGGCCUGGCCAUAACGCUCUGCAUCAACAAGGUGGACCGCCUAAUUACAGAGCUCAAGCUCCCCCCCCCAGACGCCUAUCACAAGCUGCGCCACACUUUGGAGGAAAUCAACGCCCUCAUCGCCUCCUAUGCUCCUGCCGCCAUGGCCGCCCGAACCUCCGGCUCAGGCUCGGCAAUCGUCUCAGCUGCCAUGCCUUCCGAAGCUCCCCAGCUGGACCCGGUCCUCGGAAACGUCUGUUUUGCCUCUGCUGCUGCUGGCUGGUCCUUCACCCUCCUUUCCUUCGCCCGGCUUUACACCCAAACUCACGGGGUAAAUUUCGAUCCUGAACAGCUCGCGAAGCGGCUGUGGGGUGACCUGUAUUAUCACCCUGACACCAGAUCCUUCCGAAGGAAGCCACCCGCGGGCGGUGGCGAGCGGACGUUUGUGACGUUUGUCCUGGAGCCGCUGUAUAAGCUGUACUCUCAGGUGGUCGGGGAGCAUAAGAAGAGCGUAGAGGCUACUCUGGGCGAGCUUGGGGUGUCCCUCCGUCCUUCUACCUACAAAAUGAAUGUAAAGCCGCUGCUGAAGGCUGCUAUAGGGGCGGUUUUAGGGGGCGGCGCGGGGGGUUUGGCAGAUAUGAUCAUCCGGCAUUUGCCGUCCGCCAAGGCUGCUGCUCCGGUGAAGGUCCAGACGACGUACACCGGCCCGCUGGUGGGCAAACGGGCGGCUGCGAUGCUGUCCUGCAGCGCGAAGCGACGAGGGCCGUUGAUGGUGCAUGUGACUAAGCUGUACCCGAAACCAGACUGCUCAGCGUUUGAUGCCCUGGGGAGAGUGAUGUGUGGGACUCUUAGAACUGGGCAGACGGUUAGGGUUUUGGGAGAGGCGUAUUCGCCUGAUGAUGAAGAGGAUAUGGCUGUGAAGGUGGUCACAAAGCUGUGGUUAUACCAGGCUAGGUACAGGGAGGAGGAAGAGGAGGAGGAGGAAGAGGAGGACGACGAGGAUGUUUUUAUCAUCGCGCCGUUGAAAUUCAACACGGUGUCGGUGGUGAAAGUGGCAACAGAGCCUCUGAACCCCUCAGAGCUGCCCAAGAUGGUGGAGGGGCUGAGGAAGAUCAGCAAGAGCUACCCGCUGGCCGUGACAAGGGUGGAGGAGUCUGGGGAGCACACGGUGCUGGGGACGGGGGAGCUGUUCCUGGACUCUGUCAUGAAGGACCUGAGAGACCUGUUCUCUGAGGUGGAAGUCAAGGUUGCGGAUCCGGUGGUGUCCUUCUGUGAAACCGUUGUGGAAACUUCCUCCCUCAAGUGCUUUGCUGAGACUCCCAACAAGAAGAACAAGAUCACCAUGAUCGCGGAGCCCAUGGAGAAAGGCCUGGCAGAGGAUCUCGAGAGCGGCGCGGUGUCCCUGGACUGGCCCAAGAAGCGCAUGGCGGAGUUCUUUCAGACCAAGUACGACUGGGACCUGCUGGCUGCCCGCUCCAUCUGGGCCUUUGGUCCCGACCGACAGGGUCCCAACAUCCUGGUGAACGACACUCUUCCCAGCGAGGUGGACAAGAAUCUGCUGGCUGCUGUCAAGGAGUCCGUCAUCCAAGGAUUCCAAUGGGGAGCAAGGGAAGGCCCCCUGUGCGAUGAGCCCAUGCGAAACGUGCGUUUCCGUCUGCUGGAUGCUCUGGUAGCGCCGGAUCCGUUGCAGCGGGGAGGUGGGCAGGUCAUCCCCACGUCCCGCCGCGUUGCAUACUCUGCUUUCCUCAUGGCCUCGCCUCGCCUCAUGGAACCUGUUUAUUUUGUGGAGAUCCAGACCCCAGCGGACUGCAUGUCAGCAAUCUACACGGUCUUGUCGCGCCGCCGCGGCCACGUGACAAGCGAUGCUGCCAAGGCCGGCACUCCCGCCUACAUUGUCAAGGCCAUUCUGCCAGUGAUCGAGUCGUUUGGUUUUGAGACCGAUCUGCGCUAUCACACGCAGGGGCAGGCCUUCUGUCUCUCUGUGUUUGACCACUGGGCUGUGGUGCCCGGGGACCCUCUCGACAAGAGUGUGGUGCUGCACCCGCUAGAGCCUGCCCCUGCUCAGCAUCUAGCCCGAGAGUUUAUGCCUGAAUGGUUUUUCUUCUGUGUGGCUGUCUUUUACUACUGGGCUGUGGUGCCGGGGGACCUUUUUGACAAGAGUGUCAUGCUGCACCCACUAGAGCCAGCCUGCUGCCAGCCAUUGCUCAGCACCUAA